UCUCUUGGGCAUUUUCACAAACACCUUGUAGACUCUCCCAACAGAUAAAUGGCGUUUCUUGGACUUCUCUUGGUGGGUCUUCUUCUAUCUUUGGGAUGUGAUUCUGCUCUUGCCAACAACAAUGGAGGUGGUUGGAUUAGUGCCCACGCCACAUUCUACGGUGGGGGUGACGCCGCUGGUACAAUGGGAGGGGCUUGUGGCUAUGGAAAUCUGUACAGCCAGGGAUAUGGGACGAACACAGCAGCUCUGAGCACAGCUUUAUUCAACAAUGGACUAAGUUGUGGCGCUUGCUUUGAAAUCAAAUGUGUAAAUGACCCAAAAUGGUGUCUUCAAAAGUCCAUUGUGGUUACUGCCACAAACUUUUGUCCACCAAACAAUGCGCUCCCAAACAACGCCGGCGGCUGGUGUAACCCUCCCCAACACCAUUUCGAUCUCUCCCAACCCGUCUUCGAACAAAUCGCUGGUUACAAAGCCGGCAUUGUCCCAGUGGCAUACAGAAGGGUAUCUUGUGAGAAGAAAGGAGGCAUUAGAUUCACAAUCAAUGGUCAUUCGUACUUCAAUUUAGUCCUUGUAACCAACGUUGGUGGAGGUGGGGAUGUUCAUGGAGUGUGGAUUAAAGGGUCGAAAACAGGGUGGGAAGCAAUGUCGAGGAAUUGGGGACAGAAUUGGCAGAGCAAUUCAUAUCUGAAUGGACAAAGCUUAUCGUUCAAAGUGACCACCGGCGAUGGCAGAACAGUGAUAUCCAACGACGUAGCGCCAGCUCAGUGGAGCUUUGGUCAAACUUUUAGUGGGUUGCAGUUCCGAUGAACAGAAAGGCAACAGCAAAACAGAACAGAACGGAACAGUCUUUUUCUUCUUCAUUUUCUAGGGAGCUGUGUUGUGUGUUGGAGUGGGCACUGUUUUUAAUGUGUCCUCUUUCUCCUUUUUUUUUUUU